GCGCACCGUCCACGUGACCGCGCGCCCGUCACGUUUGGAGAUUACAUCCAAGUCGAUACUCGAUUGUCGGCUUUCUUUCCCUCCGAUUACUCUAAUUGCAAUUUUAAUGCCGUCUCUGGCCGUACCGUACACGUUGCACACAUGUAUUCCCAAUAACACAGAUUACACAACAGAUCAUGUUUAGAUGCGCACUCGGGACUCGGACUGAAAGGACUGAAAGGCUGAUCUUCAUGUCGUGCGUGAAUAACCAAUGUGAACAAUUGUAGUAGGGCAUGGAACGUGAGAGCAUUGGCCACUUCGGAAGAAUAUAAUUUGGAAGCUCUGGUGCAUGGUCUCGUUCAGCAAAACUUAUACGUACCCAAUACUAUAAGUACAUCGACCAGCUAGUUAGCCGAACAAGUCCGAACGACGAAAUGGAUUCUGCGGCGCUUCGUCUGUCGAACUUUUCUGCGAACGAGGUGGACGAGCUGAUAGAGAAAGCGAUAGACUGGGCAUUCGUGCAUGGACUGUGCAUCAGAUCGAAAACGAAUUUUACUAGGAAUUCGAUACAAUUCUUUCCGUUUAUUCUGCUACCGUCUCCGUUCCCUAGAAAAGAGUUCGACAAUGCUCGUUGGAUCCAGACGACGUUGAACAUCCUUAUACACAGAGUCGCCCAGGACCACGAUUUUCUGAGCGGCACUUUGAAAGAAACGAUUCAAGUCGACGAUUUCACCAAGCGAUUGUUCGAGAUUUACGAGAUCGUAAGGAGCGAAGGAGGAUCCGCGCAAAAAAUAUCUCUGGGUAUAUUACGUUCCGAUUUAAUGUUGGACACGUGCUGUUUACGAGAGGACCGGCCGUAUUCACCGUAUUGUUGCUGGAAACAAGUCGAAAUAAAUACGAUUGCCUCUGGCUGCGGCGGGGUCGGACCUCUCACCAGGGAGCUACAUCGAUACGUACUAGGAGAGAUCGGUUGUCAGAAAGACCUCGAGAAGAGUCUCCCACAGAAUGAUUCGUUGCAAGUAAUAUGUUCGUGCAUAAUCGAUGCGUGGAAGAUGUACGGAGACGAACAAGGAGUGAUACUGUUUGUCGUCGAAGAUGUUACGUAUAACAUAUGCGAUCAACGAUUGCACGAGUUCGAAAUUAGAAAACAAAAUCCGGAUGUUAAAGUCGUUCGGAGAAGUUUAACCCAACUUUCGGUCACUGCCAGAUUGGGCAGUAGACGAGAAUUGAUGGUAGACGGCAAUUACGUCGUAUCCGUGGUGUAUUACAGAUCGGGGUACGAGCCUGGCCAGUAUCCGACGGAAAAAGAAUGGGAAACAAGAUUAUUGAUAGAGAGAUCGUUGGCCAUUAAAUGUCCGACUAUCCAGUAUCAUUUGGCGGGGACUAAGAAAGUGCAGCAGGUCCUAGCGAAGCCGGGCGUAGUUUGUAAAUUUUUAGAGAAUGAACAGACCGAGUGCGCCGAGAUAAAUAAGAUAUUCACUGGGCUUUACGCGUUAGACUUUGACGAACACGGAGAAGCCGCGAUAGAAAUGGGAAUCGCGAAUCCGGAUAAAUUCGUGCUGAAGCCUCAACGAGAGGGAGGCUCCAACAACAAAUACGGCUCGGACGUGAAACACUUUUUAGAAUCUGUGAAGAAUCAGAGGGAGAGGGUGGCUUGGAUUCUCAUGGACAAAAUCUAUCCACCGAUUCACGAUAGUUACAUGAUCAGGCCCGACGAAGAUCACGUGAACGGAGAACUCCGAGAACUGGUCUCCGAAUUAGGCAUAUUUGGUGUGAUAAUCGCCGACGACGAGAACGUGUAUAUUAACAAACAGGGCGGUCAUAUGUUACGAACAAAAUUGGCUACUGCCAACGAGGGUGGUGUUUCAACAGGAUUGGCUGUGCCAGAAGUUAUACACGCGGUGGCGAAGUACGAGGUAGAACGCGAACCGAGAGAAAUUUUCUUUUUCGAAGAAGGCACCGUAGUAAUGUGGAACGUGUCCGAGCUCGAGUGUGAAAACAUAUUGGACUUUCUAAAAAAAUAUGAACAAAGUCGUUACAUGGACUAUAUCGUGCAAUCCGAGAGCGAAGAGAUGCGCUAUAGUUACACAGAGGAUGGAAAACAAAGUCAUUUGAGAAACGGAAUUAUAAUGAUAGCUGCGAACGCAACAAAUUUAGACAAAUACACGUUUUCGAAUGCAAUGGCACAGUCCGUGAAGCUAGGUAUUUGGGAAGCGUCUCUGGACAACUAUAUUGAUUCCAUAGAAUUCGUUACCGAAGAUUUGAAGGCCGGCAGAAAACUUCGAAUGACUCAACAGGAAGUGCUGAGGAAACAAGGGGAAUUGUUCAAGUUGCGACACUCGAUUAAUUUAAGCUCGGAUCUGUUGGACACACCGGACUUCUAUUGGGACAGAGAUGACUUGGAACGGGUUUAUCAAGAAACUUGUUCAUACUUUAACAUUGCAAAACGCACAAGGGUGAUAAAUGAAAAAUUGAAUCACUGCGUGGAGCUCGUGGCAAUUUUAUCAACGCACUUGAGUGAUCGUCAUCACGUUCGUUUAGAAUGGAUGAUCAUUAUUCUGAUUAUGGUCGAAGUGGCAUUUGAAAUAUUACAUUACGUCGACAAGUAUUUUUCUUAAUAUACAGGAAGCAACGAUAUUCCAUUCAGGUUUAUAAUAAUUGUAGAAAAUAUAAAUGAACGUCGACGAUAAAAUUUUUACAAAUAACGUUCAACUGUCAGUUACUUUAUUAUUAUCAUUACUAUUAUUAUUAUUAUUAUUAUUAGUAUUACUUAAUAUUCGGAUCAGUUAGAAAUUUUUGAUCCAACACGUGGAUUCUGCUAUUAACUACGUAUUGUAUAUAGGUAUAGUCUUGGUUUUCGGCGCUGACGUAAGAUUCAGAUAAUGUCAGUUUCGAAAUGCAACACGUCGAUAAUUGGUAUAUGGAACGAGGACGUCUGUUGGCCGCCUGAACAUCGUUUAUUCCUAACGAUGAUUGUAUCCACGAUUAUUGACGUUUAAUUAAAAUAGCUUUGGACGUGUUAA